UUGUUUUUAAUAUGCGCUCUCGAGAAAGACAAAAAGGAGGCACACCGGGAGAAACCAAAACGGGAGGGAUGAUCUAUUUUGGGAGUUGUAUGAACGGCUCCUUUUCAUGUUCUCAUAUUUUUGGCCACAUUUCCUCCUCUUUCCCCCCUUUUACGUAUCCCUUUUUUUUUUUUUUUUUUUUUUGGCGAAAGCUGGCGUUUUACUCCCCAUAGACGAGGCUAGGCCACGGCGUUCCGGUUGCUUAGCUGAUAUGGGUUGGAGCGGUUGGCUGGCGUCUUUCACCGGAUCGUGUCGUCUCGCCACUUUUUUUUUCUGGGGGGACCACACUCCCGGCGCUUGGUUUGGUUUGGCGUGGUGUUUCGUGUCCCGCUUCUUCAUAUAUCUAUCUUAUUCUCUUAUCUCCAACUUCACCUCCUCUCUCCAUUUCUCGUCGCUCAGCUCCUUGUCAUGCCACUCAGGCGGGCUGGUUUCCAAAUCUCGAAGGAGCGAGCUACUAUCUAUGAUCAUUUGCUCUCUCAAUGCGCGGUCGAGCAAAGCAGACGGGUUUAAAAUGUGGGGACGAUGCCUCUCUCUCUCUCUCAACUAAAAAAAAAUCGGUGCCGAUGUUAAGCUAUAGGAUGCAAGAACUGGGGAUCUUUUUAUGUACGGGAUGGAUAGGACCGCGCAGAGCGGUUCUCAUCGAGGCCAUUUGUACGUUUAUAUCUACUCGA